UAACACACUGUUCUCCAUGUUACAGAUAUACAGUUUCAGCAAACCAUGCAUACAUUACAGAUUACAUUUUCCUGUUUUAAACAUACGGGCAUUUUUUUUUUUUUUUUGGACAAACGCACUGUUGUUGCAGCGUUGGAGCAGGCGGAUCAUUGUUGGCCUAAAUCCCACAGCUGACCAUGCUAGACUCUUUUUUGUGUGUGUGUGUGUGUGUGUGUGUGUGUGUGCAGAGGCAGCUGCAGGCAGAUCCUCUGGGUUUGGUUUCAUCGUGGACAAAUUUCAUGCCUUUGAAGUUAAGAUUGAUCUCCCGACAACAAAGAGACUCUCAGCCUGAGAGCAGCAACAGAGUUAGAAAAGGCACUGAAGUGGAGAUUUCAAGUUGAAGCUCUUGAUGCAUCUAGACUUGUUCCUCCACACUGGGACGAGAUGACCUUCUAAUGACCUUUUCAUGAAAAAACCAUGCAGAGUGGAGUGGAUGAAUCUCGGUGGUGGAGAAGUCAGGGGGUGACCUGCUGCACCCACACAGCCCACACGCCGCCUCUCCAGAGAGAGCCUCUCCAUUGAGAUCCAGGAGCUGCAGGCCUGCAGGGAGGCUGAGCAGCCAAAGUGUACAGCACCAGCAGAUUGGAGAUGCUCCUUCUUGAGGCUGGGAGUCAGAUUAUCACUUUCUUCCUGCGUUAACGCCCCUGCAGCUUUUCCACUACAACCGGCUGGAGCCGAUCCAGAAUAAUAGAUACAACCUUCCAUCCCACAAUGCCCUGGCACAGAUUCUACCAAAUAAUCACUUCAUCUUCAAGGGAGUGAAGACUAAGAUCCACAAAGAAACCCAACAGCAUCUAAAGAAGCCAGCUAACCAACCCAACAUCAACCAUACCUAUCAGAUACAUCCUCCACAUAAACGACCUCCCCUGCAUGUCUUUGAGGAUGAUCCGAGCAUGGCGGAGAUCAGCAGCCUCCAAACUAAGGAGGUUGAAAACUACCGCUCAGCCAUGAGCAAGAUGGCAGAAGACAUCAUAGAGCUGAGGACGCAGGUGGUGACGUUGGAGGCAGAAAACAGCCGGCUCCGCAUUGACCGGUCUCUGCACCAGGACCUCGACCGAGAUCAUCUGAAUGACUCAGACAUUGAAACCAUGACCAAUGCAGAGGUUUCUAAACAUAUAGCCUCCCUAAAGCUCAAGGUUGCCAGUGAGAUCAGUAAGGCCGCCUCGCAAAGGGAAAGGAUCCAACAGCUGCAGAAUGACCUCAUCAAGAAGAAUGACAGUGAGAAGGAGCUACUGAAGCUUCAGAGAGUCCAUAAGCUGCAGCUGGACGAUCAACAGAAUUGCCUGGCAAAGAUGGCAUCUUUGGAGGGCACAGUGAAACAGCAGGAAAAGGUCAUUGAGGAGAUGGAGAAAGCUUUGGAGAGCAAACUCAGUGGAAACAAUAAGCAGAGUGGUGACAACAGACUGAUGGUAAAAAAGCAAAGAGGAGAGAAUGACAAAAGAAAGGAGGAGAUCGAGUCGGCCCUAGCAGCAGAAAACACUCGCCUCAGAGAAGAGCUGCACAGAUUUCAACAGCAGCCUAACCCCGUUUUUAUCCAGCAGUCAGAACAGACAAAAGACGCACUGCCACUCCAUGAGAGACUGAGAUUACUUCACAAAGUGGAGCAGGCUGAGGCAAGAGUCCAAACGCUGGAGGCCCAGUUGGAGGAGAAUUCGAAGCAGUGGGGGAGAGAGAAACAGGAAAUGAUGACCAAACUGAGCGAGCACAAGCACGGCUUUGUCCGAACAUCCACCACCAUCUUUCUUAAUAAUCCAUCGAGGUCUAAAUCAGGAUCAUUGUAUCAGCAAAGCAGAGAGAGGAGCCAGAAGCCUAUAAAGUGACCUGCAAAUAUUACACUGAACUGUUGACCCAUUAAACACAGACACACACACACAUGAACUAAAUAUGUAUAAUAAAAUAAUACAUCACAUGACA